AUGGACCCUUACAAUCUCAUUAUGCUUGGCACAGAGGUGGAGCAGGAAGAAAAUGAGAGAAAAACACAAGUUAAAGACUAUUCAGAUAAUGAAUCAACAUGUUCAGAUAUUUCCAGAAGGAGACAGAAAGUACCUUUUAAAACCAUAAAAUGUGGUAUUAACAUUGACCUGUCUGAUAACAAAAAGUGGAAGUUGCAGUUACAUGAGCUGACUAAGCUUCCUGCUUUUGUACGUGUUGUAUCAGCAGGGAAUCUUCUCAGUCAUGUUGGCUAUACCAUACUGGGAAUGAAUUCAGUUCAACUUUGUAUGAAAGUUCCAGGGAGUAGGAUACCAGGUCACCAAGAAAAUAACAACUUCUGUUCUGUUAACAUAAAUAUUGGUCCAGGUGAUUGUGAAUGGUUUGUUGUACCUGAAGAUUAUUGGGGUGUUCUGAAUGACUUCUGUGAAAAAAAUAAUUUGAAUUUCCUGAUGAGUUCUUGGUGGCCGAACCUUGAAGAUCUUUAUGAAGCAAAUGUUCCUGUUUAUAGGUUUAUUCAAAGACCUGGAGAUUUGGUCUGGAUAAAUGCAGGCACUGUUCACUGGGUUCAGGCUAUUGGGUGGUGUAACAACAUCACCUGGAAUGUUGGUCCACUCACAGCCUUCCAGUAUAAAUUAGCAGUUGAACGAUAUGAAUGGAACAAAUUGCAAAGUAUCAAGUCAGUAGUACCCAUGGUUCAUCUUUCAUGGAAUAUGGCACGAAAUAUCAAAGUCUCAGAUCCAAAGCUUUUUGAAAUGAUUAAGUAAGUACUUAAUUUUUCCCCCAAUUACAUUUUUUAAACUUAUUUUGGGACAAUGUGUACAUGCCAUAUUACAUGUAGAACUCAGCGGAAAACUUGC